AUGCAAAGAUUCUACUGCUGGGGACCGGCGAAACCGCCAAUGGCAAUGUCAAUGAAUGAGCAAGCGCAGUGGCACCAGCAUUUACAGACUCCAGUCUUGUUCAAUCACCACGCUCCAAUGGAAGUCGAAUCAGCACUCAUACAUAGUGUCGACUUGAAUGGCAUAGACUCUACACCAAGAGCUAGACUCAACGAAGAGCGUGUCCUUAUCCUCACCCCUCUGCGCGACGCAGCCCCCUAUCUCCCUAAAUACUUUGACCUUCUUUCCGAGCUCACAUAUCCCCACGAUUUGAUAGAUUUAGCAUUUCUCGUUGGAGAUUCUACAGAUGACACGCUGGCGGUUUUAUCGUCAGAAUUAGACAGAGUUCAAAAGCGGACGGAUAAAAUCCCGUUUCACGACGCGCUCAUCGUGCAGAAAGAUUUUGGAGCAAUGGUCGGGAUGGAUGUAGCAGAAAGACAUGGCUUCGAAGCCCAAGGCCCGAGGCGAAAAGCAAUCGCUAGAGCAAGAAACUAUCUACUCUACACAGCGUUAAAGCCGACGCAUUCUUGGGUAUACUGGAGGGACGUGGAUAUCCAAGACAGUCCAUCGAAGAUACUGGAAGAUUUCAUGGACCACAACAAGGAUGUUCUAGUACCCAACAUUUGGUUCCACCGUUAUGAGAACCAACGAGAUAUCGAAGGAAGAUUUGACUACAAUUCUUGGAUAGAGUCUGAUCAGGGGCGCAAGCUUGCGGACUCGCUUCCAAAGGAUACCGUCCUUGCAGAAGGAUACAAAGAAUACAACACCAAGCGGAAAUAUCUCGUUCAGUUCGGAGAUUGGCGCAAUAACAAAGACGAAGAGGUCGAGUUGGACGGUAUAGGCGGCGUCAAUAUCCUCGUGAAAGCGGACGUUCACAGAUCUGGUAAUUUAGUCUUGCAGAUGAACGAUUGCGGAGCGUUCUUGGCUGACAGUUACUUAGGGAUCAACUUCCCUUGCUAUGCAUUCGAGAAUCAGGCAGAGACCGAAGGCUUUGCAAAAAUGGCGAAACGAGCCGGAUACCAGGUAGUAGGCUUGCCCAAUUACGUAGUAUGGCAUAUCGAUACGGAAGAAAAGAAAGGCAACCUAGGCAGUCGGCCAGCGUGGAAAGGAGCUGAAGGCUGA